GAAAAUUGUAAAAAAAAUUAACUGUAAAAUGAGCAAGUCAAUAUAAAACAAAUUGUAUCGGCAAAUUGGUUUAAUACAAUUUUUAAUAAUAUUCAAAGUGAUACAUGUAAACCGGUAAAUAACUGAAUUAAGCAGUGUGAAUAAAUAACAGAUAUAAAAUGGGUGCUCAAGUUUGUAAGGAAUUUAAUGAAAACUGGCCCGGAAAAAAUGAAUUAAAAUAUUCUGAGUUUCAACGAAGUGUUUUGGAAGAUGCAAAAAAAUUAGAAAAAAAUAUUGAACGUGUUAAGGUUAAUGAAAUUAUUAAUAAUUCCAAGAAUUUUCCUAUUGAGUUUCCUAUUAAUUCUUGUCGUGUUGAGUAUCAGCCUCAAGAAAGAUAUAAUAUAAUUGAAGAUCAAAUAAAUUCUGUUUAUCCAGUAAUUCAUGAAAGAGUUGUUUGGCUGUAUACCAGAUUUUUGGAACAUAAAACUAAAUAUGGUAAUAGCAUUGAAAAAGAAGUAUACUCAAAUUUAGAUUUAAUAAGUUUUGUACAUCGUCUUUUAACGAAAAGAUGUGUUAGCUUUUUUGGACAAUACGAUAAAUAUUUAUUAAUUUCUAAUGAGAUUGGCUGUAAUGGUCAUAAACCGGUUGGUACAUUAGAAGAAGAACCUCCUUUAAUUCUAAAAAAUUGCUUAAGCUAUGAUGAAGCUAAGCUUGGUGCUUUAUUAUCGGUUUCAUCUAGCACCGAAUUUAUUAACGAUGGUGAAAGAAAAAAUAUAGGAAAUGUUGAAAAAGAUAAAUCAAAAAUUGAACCAGAAGGUAUUAUUAUUGGAUUAAUAGGGCCACGUUUAGUUCAGCGUGAUUUUAUGGAAUUUGAAGAUAUAAUCAUAUCUGAAAAACAAAAUACUUUAGAAAAUAGUUACGGUUUCAAUGGUAAUAAAAAUGAAAUAACUUCGAAAGUUGAUUAUAGAAAAAUGUGGAAUGAUUUUUAUGGUGAGGAAAAGGAUUUUCUUUAUGACGAAAUCAAAGCUUGUAAUAACAAAAGAUUUGGAAAAUUGGAAAAAAAUGAAUUUGUUGAUAAUUUGGUUUUGAAAAAGCGUUUAACAAUUUCAUUUGAUACUCUUUUAUUGGAAGCUGAAGCUAGAGCUUGUGUAUCUGAAAAACAAGCUUAUAUUCAUGUUGUUGGAAUAGGAUUAGGAGUUUGGAAAUAUUUUGAUGAACAAGAUGAUGUAUUUUUAGCAACUUUUACGCAACGAAUAAAAAACUUAUUACCAAAGUUAAAUCAUGUGUCGGUAAUACAUUUUUCGUAUUUUAAAGAAGGAGGUUACAAAGAAUUAAAAAACAAUGCAACUUUUGUUAGUGAAACUCAUCCUAAUGGGGGGAUAAAAAUUUAUAUAUCUAAUAGAAAUCCACAUCAGAAAUUGGAUGGAGUAUGGACAAAUUGCUUACCUGUUGUGUCAUACGCUUGGGAUGGUAACGCUUUGCCUGGAAAUGAGUUUUGGAUGAAAUAUCUAAAAUCAAGUGGCGAUUCUGCUGCAGCAUGUAGUACUUUAAUAUCUGAAUUACAUAAUCCACAUAUAAAUAGGAAGCGAGUAUGUGGAAGUAAUCUUUAUAUUGCAACCGAAAGUUCUGGAGUAAUUCAUAUAAGCGAAUACAUAAAAAAUAAUUUUAAAGAUCAGGGGAAUUAAUUUUUUAUGGAAAUUGUAAAUAUGAAUUGAAAUUUUUUACUUUAUUUAUUGGAAGAAGAUAUGUGAAUAUAACAGUAACAAUACUUAUAUAAGAAGAUCAUAUCAAUGCCAAUGUACCAAGAAUAUUCUAGCUUAUCUAGAUGUGCUAAAC